ACAACUCAGACAUUUUUACUUCUAAACGUCUCAAUGAACAGGAAAAGUCACUAGAAUCUCAAAUUUCCUUCAUUGAAGAAGCAGGAAAAAAAAAGUGAAAAAGAAACUGAAGUCGGUAGUUUUUCUUCAUCUCCUCUUCUCCCUCUUCUUGAUUUUCAAAACUUUCUCUUAGUAGCUUUUCGGAAAGGAUAUAUUGAAGCAAAGAAGAACAAGUAGAGAGAAAGAUCUAGAAUGAUAGAUAUAGUCCAUAAGGAUUGGGUUUCUUUGAUUCCUAAAACCUUACUUCAAUGGACGUCAAAUGACGACAUAACUCAAGAGCUUGGAGUAUUAUGGCAACAACUAAGAGUACUAUGUCUUAUUCCAUUCAUGAAAUUUGCAGUGUAUGUUUGUUUAACAAUGUCGGUGAUGCUGUUUAUCGAGCCGGUUUACAUGGCUAUAGUCAUACUAUUCGUAAAACUCACCGGCCGGAAACCAGAGAAGCGUUACAAAUGGGAGGAACUUAAAGACGAUGUUGAAGCCGGUAACUCAAAUUAUCCGAUGGUUCUUGUUCAGAUUCCAAUGUACAAUGAAAAAGAGGUCUAUCAGCUUUCCAUUGGAGCAGCAUGUGCUCUUUCGUGGCCUUCUGAUCGUAUCAUCAUUCAAGUUCUCGAUGAUUCUACGGAUCCAAUCGUCAAGGACUUGGUGGAAGUAGAAUGUCAACAAUGGGCAAGCAAAGGAAUAAACAUCAAGUACCAAAUUCGAAGUAAUCGAGAAGGGUAUAAAGCUGGAGCUCUUAAAGAAGGAUUGAAACAUAAAUAUGUGGACAUGUGCGAGUUCGUUGCAAUCUUUGAUGCUGAUUUCCAACCUGAUCCUGACUUUCUCUACAAAAGCAUUCCUUAUUUUGUUCAUAACCCUGAAAUUGGUCUCGUUCAAACUCGUUGGAAAUUUGUGAAUGCGAACACAUGUUUGAUGACCAGAGUCCAACAGAUGUCGCUGAAUUACCAUUUCAAGGUAGAGCAAGAAGUUGGUUCUUCCGCCUAUGCUUUCUUUGGUUUCAAUGGUACUGCUGGCGUUUGGAGAAUUCUUGCCCUUAAAGAAGCCGGAGGAUGGAAAGAUCGCACUACCGUUGAGGACAUGGAUCUAUCAGUUCGUGCUAGUCUCAAGGGUUGGAAGUUCGUCUACGUCGGUGCAAUCCUGGUAAAAAGCGAAUUACCGAGUACUUUCAAAGCAUUUCGUUUCCAGCAACACAGAUGGUCUUGUGGGCCUGCAAAUCUUUUCAGGAAAAUGGUCAUGGAGAUCAUUAAGAGCCAAAGGGUAAGCCUGUGGAAGAAAGUUCAUGUGAUAUACAGCUUUUUCUUUGUCAGAAAGAUCAUAGCUCAUACCGGGACAUUCUUGUUUUACUGCGUUGUUAUUCCGACAUGUGUUUUCUUUCCCGAAAUCGUGAUACCGAAAUGGGCUUUACUUUAUAUUCCAGCAAUAAUAACUAUUCUCAAUGCACUUGAAACACCAAGGUCAAUGCACCUUGUGGUGUUUUGGGUUCUUUUCGAAAAUGUAAUGUCUAUGCAUCGAACCAAAGGUACACUUAUAGGUUUAUUCGAAGCAGGCGGAAGGGUAAAUGAAUGGGUUGUUACUGAAAAAAUAGGAGAUGCACUACUCAAGUCCAAAGAGAACAAUUGUCCUGCAGUAAAAUCAUCAAAUAAAUCAAGAUAUUCGGAUUUUAGAGAAAGACUUAGCUUGUUGGAGCUCGGCAUGGGAACAUACAUUCUAAUUUGUGCAUGCUAUGAUGUUGUCUUUGGGAAGUACUGGCUCUUCAUUUACUUGUUUGGCCAAACAAUAGCCUUUUAUGUUACUGGCUUUGGUUAUGUCGGCACCUUGAGUUCUCAAUCUUAAGCUUGCUGGGUGGUUGCUAGCUGCUGGUAGUGGAAAAAUUAUAACCACUAAUGUACCAACUGAGCUAACUAUUCUGAUUGACAUCUGAAACGCUAAUCCAUAAUGAAGAUCCACUCGUAAACAUUUCAAGGAUCAACCGAUAUUGAUAACUAACUACAAGUAAUAAUGUGAGAGUGUAUAUUCUUUCUUCUGCUAUGCUUUUGUAUAUAAAUUUUCAGCGCUUUGAUUGCCAAUUUUGUUUUCAUUUUUUGUCAGACCUAAAAACUCUA